CUCAGUCUGCCUUGGUGGGCGCCAUGGGCAGAGCCAUUCUAUCGUUGAGCCAGUCAAACCACACACUUUCCGAGGACGUUCAGGGGCCACUGUCCACUGAGCUGCGGCAUUUGUGGUACCAAUAAUGCACCUCUUUCCGGAGAUAAAGUAGAAGCACAGUGAUCGGAGGUGAACAGUGCAGCCUUCGCAUGAAAAGAGUGAUAAUAUGCAUAUGCAAUCGAGUGGAUUCGAGCAGUUCGACGGAAUUAAAUGCUGACCCAGUCACAGUCUCCACCAGAUCCAGACAACAACGAAUCAGCAAAGCACAGAUCCGAGCAAACCAAUCAAUCUCGAUACGGAAAGAAUCAUUGGCAUCUUCCGGCUAUCGUGAGAUGGAACGUCGAUCCCACACACUGUUCUCCGUAUGCAAGUGUGCGAAUACACACUCCCUUGUCCGGGUGGCUUGCAGAUUGCUUGUAACGGACCCUGAAUGAAAGUUCGUUGCCUGAGUUAUCUGAUUCCUUUACACGAACCAUGUCUCGACGUUUCCGAGCUCAGUCUCAGAUCGGUUGUCAUUGAAUCAAUCACACACUUCUCCAGGGGGUUCUCUCUGCCACCAACCAUGCGCCACUUUGGACUUACCCUACCUUUCGCCACUACUCAUUAAACAAUGACCGGGAAGAGCAAGUCAACAGUGACUUCUACUUGCCGGCCAACAACGAUUGGUCCUCCAAAAGCACGCAAGGUCAAGACUGGUUGUCGGACUUGUAAGACCCGCAAGGUCAAGUGCGAUGAAUCACGGCCGGCCUGUCGCCGAUGUCUCCAGACUGGUAGGGUAUGUGAUGGCUAUGGGAUCUGGGGUGGGGGUAACAAGCCUGUUAUCCCGAACCAUGUGACAACAGAACAACAGUCGAAUCCUGAUCGGGAUCUCUGGCGUUCGGGAGAGUAUGUCGAAAAACUAGGACAAUUCCGGCCCAGGUACCUUGCGGGGGACUCAGCAGAUCAUGCUCGUCGGUAUGCAGGUACACCACAAAGCGAAACAGACGAUCAGUUGUCCUUGAUGUCCAUGAAGGGCACAGCUUUACGACUCUUUCCACUCCACCUCUUGCCGCCCGACCAGCAUGGAUACAUGGAGUGGUUCAUGUGCAGGACAGCCCCGAAAUUGCCAGGUGCUUUCAAACAGACCUUCUGGAGCGACCUUCUCCCCCAAGCAAGUCAAUCGGAACCAGCCAUAUUGCAUGCAGUCUUGAGCCUCGGAUCAAUCCACAAGAGAGCCGUGUGUGGCUUGAUCCCUUGCAGUGAGACGAGCGCAAGGGACACCGCCAGUUUGUUCACUCUUCAGCAAUUGACUCUCGCCACAGGUAGCCUCCGUGACCGGAUCUCCAACAGAAGUAAAGCCUCACUUAGGGUGGCCAUCAUUGCCUGCGCGGUUUUUGUCCAGCUGGAGUAUCUGCAAGACAAUUAUCAGACCGGUCUCACACAUCUCCGGCACGGUUUAAUCUUGCUUGAGGAAUUUUUGGCUCACGACAACGACAACAGGAACGGCGGAAACAAUCUCGGGGAUGCCAACGAUGAGUCCAUCAUUAAUUUAUUUGUGAAUUUGCUGAUACAAGCGAGGCUUUUGGGUCAAGACGUCUACCGUACUCAACUACUUCCUCUGCUGAUUGACAAAUUGGAUGUACCUCAACGGGAAUUCCAAUCGUCCUCACACGCCAGAAGAUGCCUCGAGCGUAUUUUCCUUCGGAUUUUUAGUCUCGUGGACGAGACCAAGUGUAGUAUCUUCGCGGAGAGUUUGUCGGAUCUCGCGAGCCUGUUGCCGUUAUCUCGGAUGACGGAAAUUCGUCAGGACCUGAGCCUGUGGCUACAAUCUUACGAGAGAAGCAUGAUGAGAUUCCGACACACACUCUCGUCCUUGGAAUUCUAUGCCUGGAAGCUUCUGUUGCUUCUCCACACACUGGCAUGUCUGAUUGCACAGGAUACGUCGUCUUCUACUACGAGCAGAUACGAAUCUACAGUCGACGUUGGCGCCACCACACAAACGCCCUCAACACGUCAUCCGACUUCUCCUUCAAGCCCUGUUGAAGAGAGUCAGGAGAACUUUCCCACCUCAUACUCCUCAGCGCCUACGACGAGCUUCCUCGGCUCGAGCCACGAGCACAGUUUGCAUACUGAUUCGAGUUCGGCAGCAGAUUCGGCAGAGAAUGGCUUGCUGCCCAUCAAUCCAUGCCUCUCCGUCGUGUCGCAGUGUGCUUGGCUUUAUCACAAGGUCCGCGACCCGGUGUCUGACCUGCACGAGACUCAUCCCCUUGACGUCAACGAAACGGCUGCGUCUUCGGUGGCGGAUAUCGGUUGGAUGCCGGCACUUUACUACACGGCCAUUCUCGCACGAGAUGCCACGACGAGACAGGAGGCGGUCAGGUUGUUGUACCUCAAACCUCACAGGGAAGGUAUAUGGGAGUCAUAUCUUUCUGCUGUACUCGCUGAAAAGAUUAUUGAGAUCAAGGAACAACAGAAGAUCACGACGAGCAGCAACAGUAACUCUGCAAGGAAUCCAGGGGAGAUUGAAUCUCUGUCAUCGGACUCAUCGUGCAGCAGAGUACGGGGGAUUCUUGUCGAACUGCCAUCGAGUUCUGAUGCGAAGGUCGUCCUGACGUAUACGACGCGCAUUCGAGAGAGAAGUAUUGCAGGAGAAGAGUCAUGGAGUAGUGGGAGGUGCACUUAUGAUUUGAGAAAAAGCUGUUGGACGGAUGAAUGCCGUUCUACGAACUAGAAUAUGUUUUGAUGCUUGAUGGAUGUAGUCCACAUACUGUAGAAUAUCAUACCACUCGA